AUGGGCCGCGGAGUUAGCUAUGGCGGGGGCCAGAGUUCCCUAGGCUACCUGUUUGGAAAUGGGGAAGGCCCGGCUCCAAAACCUGCCGGAAAUAAUUCGGAGGCUCCUCCCGUGCAGAAGCCAAGCCCGGUUGAGAGUCUGAUACCCGAUAAGCCAGCCACUGUUUCCCCACCUGCUGAAGCUACUAAGCAGAUUCCAGCUGGCAUACAGGGAAACAAGAAUAACAACUACUACAGAGCCGAUGGCCAGAACACUGGAAACUUCCUGACGGAUCGGCCUUCGACUAAGGUCCACGCGGCCCCAGGUGGAGGAUCUUCCUUGGAUUACCUUUUCGGAGGUGGCAGCAAGUAA